AUGGCGGGUACCGCUGCGCAGCCGUCUGGCGGCCCGAAGACGGUCCUGUUCGCUGACCACAUAGAGGCAAAGGGCAUGGGCGAGUAUGUGAGGGAGUUCCGAUUCCUGGAGCCCGUGGUGUUGCACAGCGUUCAGAUCGUAGACAGGCCCAAGCGGCCCAUCCCGGACCAGCCUUCCUUCGAGGGCAGGACGUUCCCGGACGUGAGAACAAUGUCGCUCAGCGUCUACGCAUCCGACAGGAAGUCGUCGAGCUCCACCAUGUCGCGCAUGCGCGCGGGGGACGCGCCCGGCACCUUUCUCGCCACGGAGGGCAUGGUGGUCGACGCGGUCACCAUCCGGGGGGAGUACCUGCGCCUGUCCGUCGUCAUCUACGGCCAGGCGCUGCCGCCCGAGGCCGCCGGCCUGGAGCAGGUGGAGAUGCCCGGCGUCGCUGCGCACUUGCGGGCGUCCUCCGCCUUCGACGCAGACAGACUAGAUCUGGCCGACAUCGAGGUCGAGGACGAGGAGCUCGAGGGCUUGCCAGACGCUAGUGUGGACGCAGGCCCGAGGCCCGAGGACGGCGGCCUCAUGCACGACAAGUUUUGGCUGCCCCAGGGCAUGGCGAGCAAGGUCGACACGUCGUUCCUUCCGGGCCCGGCCAAGGUGGCCCCGCACCUCGUCGACAAGGUCUGGAAGAAGAGCGUGGACAGGGAGGAGCUCUUCGUGCUCGGCGAGCUGCGGGCGGACAGGGCCCACCGUGUGAACCCCAUCACGUGGGAGGCGCCAGAGUCCAGCCGCGGGGGGACGGGCAGCACGUCCCGCAAGGCCGACAUCCUGUCCCUGGAGGUGCCGCGGUCCGAGCUGGGCACCGGCCGGAGCUUUCGCACUGGCCGAAGCUCCGCAAGCAACCGCCUGAGCACGGCGGGCUCGCUGGUGUCGGCUCCUCGGUCCCAGACGACCUCGUACCUCUCGCACGAGCUCAAGAUAGAGCGGCAGCAGCGCGAGGCGGCCGAGGCGGAGGUCGCCGCGCUGCGCAGGCAGCUCCACGACAGCAUGGCCAAGUCAAAGACUGACCGCUCGUGA